UGAUGAGCCGCAGUUUCAUGGUGUUAAGUGGAAUAGCAUUCUAGCAUUACUUCAGCUUUUCUCAUUUUUUCUAUUAUUAUUAUCAGAGUUAUUAAUUAUUUAUUAUUCUUCCAAUGAGGGCAAAUAGCCGAAAUUGGAUUUUGUGCACUUUCGACCACUUAUUGAUUGGGGUUAUGUGAAUGUUUACAAUGGCAGAUUCGAAGCGCAAACGGAAGCUUGAAGAUGCCAAAAGUGAGGCGAAAAAGCCGAAAAUCGAGUCAUUCGAGCCCCAAUGGAGCGACCACGAAUUGGUGGCUGAACAGCUCGGUUUGGGGCUAAAUGUGGCCAAAAACGUUGUUAAAUUGUUCGAGGAUGGAAACACCGUUCCGUUUAUCGCGAGAUACAGACGCGAUGUUACUAAUAAUCUUGACGCCGAGCAGUUGCGUGCUGUUAAAGACACUUGUGAGGAGAUAAGUGCCCUUAGAGGUAAGAUUGGCAGUGUUUUGAAACAGUUGGACAAGUCAGGGGUGCUAAAUGAACAGUUGAGACGCUCUGUGGUCAAUUCGAGGUCAAUUGAGGAGUUGGAAUACAUUUAUGCGCCCUAUAAAAGUGGGAGCAAGCGGACUUUGGCCGAAAGGGCCAAAGAGCAGGGGUUAGAGGCGCCCGCUUUGGCCCUUUUGAACAACACAAAACGCGUGAGAUUUGACGAUUUUGUUAAAAUUGACGAUGGGCUUGAUAUCAAAGCUGUUAAGAACGGGAUUGCUCAUAUUAUCGCGGCUGUUAUUUCAACCGACAGUGAGAUUUUAUCGUCCCUAAGAGAAUUUCGGAAAAAAGCCAACAUUAUUAUUAAGACCAAGAAAGCUGCGACUAAACACAAAGUCGAAAAUAGUGAAAAGUUUGAUAAUUAUUUCGAUUUCGAGGUUCCCCUUAAAUACAUCAAGCCACACCAAGUUUUGGCCAUUAAUAGGGGCGAAAAUUUGAAAAUUCUUUCGGUUAAAGUUGUGCUUCCGGACUCACUUUUCAACGAGUUUCGGAAAAAGUGUGACAAAUGGACGAGCUUAAGGGGCGAUCGUGUGAGACAAGACGUCGUAAAACGGGCCAUUGAGGACUCAUACCAACGGUUAGUUAAACCUUUGAUUAAGCGCGAAAUUCGAGCCGAACUGAAACAAAACGCCGAGCGAGCAUCUUGUCAAGUUUUCAGUUCGAAUUUAAAAGAUUUGCUCCUGGCGCCCCCUUUGAGGGGCCAAACCAUCCUAGGCCUUGACCCUGGCUUCACCAAUGGCUGCAAACUAGCCCUAAUAUCACCACUGGGCGACCUCAUCGACCAAAACAUAAUUUACCCCCAUAAAAGAAAAAAUAACGACGAUGUAACAAUAAUCAGAGACAUGUUACUUGAAAACAACUGUGAAUUAAUUGCCUUGGGUAACGGAACAGCGUGUCGUCAAACCGAAGAAUGGCUCUCAGAUUUAAUCAAAAGCCAGGUUUUUAGCCCCCUUGACGUCAAAUAUACGGUGGUGAGGGAAGAAGGGGCUUCGAUUUAUUCCUGCAGCCCUGAAGCCAAGAAGGAGUUCCCGACAAUUGACCCCAAUAUCAUAAGCGCUGUGUCUCUAGCCCGACGGUUGCAGGACCCCCUUGCCGAGCUGGUCAAAAUCGAGCCAAAACACCUGGGGGUAGGUAUGUACCAACAUGACAUCAAGAAAAGACAACUAGAGGAAGCCCUAAAUGACGUUGUUUCGGAAUGUGUCAGUUUCGUGGGUGUGGACUUGAACACGGCUUCGCGCUGCCUUUUACGACAUGUGGCGGGCCUGUCUGACAAAAAAGCCCAACAAAUAAUUGACUAUCGUGCAGAAAAUGGCCCCUUUAUUUCGCGCCAACAAUUGUUGAAAGUGUCGGGGAUUGGGCAGAAAAUUUUCACACAGUGUGCUGGGUUUGUACGUGUGGUGCCACCGAGCGGCGAAACUAUGAAAUACAAUAAAUUAGACAGCACAAAUAUUCAUCCAGAAUCGUACGAAAUGGCCACAAAGUUGCUUAAAAUGUUUAAUUUAAGGUUGUGUGAUAUUGGCACCACUGGUUUUAUUACUAUAGCUAAGAGGGAAGUCCCGAAGUUGGAUCUAAGCAAGUUGAGUCAGAUGUUUGGUUCCAACGAACAAACGCUUCGCUUGAUUUUGGAUGCGUUUUGCCAACCGUUAAACUAUGAUCUUCGAAGUGAUUAUGAUAAAAAACCAGUUUUUAAGAAAGGUUUAAUUGAGAUUAGUGACCUUAAAAGUGGGAUUGUUUUGACCGGAGUUGUGACUAAUGUCACUCAUUUUGGGAGUUUUGUCGAUAUAGGAGUCGGAAUUAACGGUUUGAUCCACGUCAGUAAGUCCAACGGUUUGGACUUACAUCUGGGGAAUAAAGUUGAAGUUAAAGUUUUAAGUAUUGACGUUGAGAAGAAGCGGAUUGGCUUACAGGCGCUCAAAAUUCUCAAUUGAUUUGAGUUUGGCGCCAUUUUUUACGCAAGCCAACUAAAAAUACAUUAUUUUCCGACA